UGUAGCUACACCAACAUGACAGGCAUCUGUUGUGUCCAAACUGCGCAUGAGCGGAAAAAGGUGGAAGAGAGCGAGGCAGCUGGAUGGGAAAAAGGGAGUCGGGCAAUUACAAACAUGAACAAGCUGAAGUCCUCACAGAAGGAUAAAGUUCGACAGUUCAUGAUCUUCACACAAUCAAAUGAGAAGACGGCAUUGACCUGUCUGUCACAGAAUGACUGGAAACUAGAUGUCUCCACAGACAACUUUUUCCAAAAUCCAGAUCUCUACCAUUCAAAUCUAAAGGGAGUGUUGGACAAGAAAAGGUUAGAACAGCUCUACAACAGAUACAGAGACCCACAAGAUGACAACAAGAUUGGUAUAGAUGGUAUCCAGCAGUUCUGUGACGACCUGGGCCUGGACCCGGCCAGUAUUAGUGUGCUCUUCAUCGCCUGGAAGUUCCGGGCUGCAACACAGUGCGAGUUCUCCAGACAGGAGUUCAUGGAUGGGAUGGCAGAACAAGGGUGUGACAGUAUAGAGAAACUAAAAGCCCAACUACCAAAAAUGGAGCAGGAGUUAAAAGACCAUGGGAAAUUUAAGGACUUUUACCAGUUUACAUUUAACUUUGCAAAGAAUCCUGGCCAGAAAGGUUUGGACUUAGAAAUGGCAAUUGCGUAUUGGAAUUUAGUACUGGCUGGAAGAUUCAAAUUCCUGGAGCUGUGGAACAAAUUUUUAGUGGAGCACCAUAAACGAUCAAUCCCUAAGGACACCUGGAACCUCUUGUUAGACUUCAGUACAAUGAUAACUGAUGACAUGUCCAAUUACGAUGAGGAAGGAGCAUGGCCAGUCCUCAUUGAUGAUUUUGUGGAGUUUGCACGACUGCACAUCGGGACCAAAAGCACCGCUGUCUAGGGACCGCCCAAACUCGGAGGAACGUCCAUGCGUUUGUUUAUACAAAACCACAACCGAGGCGGAGAAACGGAGCACAGGGGACUGCACUGAGCUGAGAUCUAUGUUGCCUUUUCCAACCCUCAGGACUGAGAUGUUUUACACAACAGACAAUAUAAAAGGCAUAUCUCCUCGUCGGUCGUCUUGUGGUGGUUUGGGAUUUUAUCUUUAGUAUGGGGCUUUUUUCGUGUCAACUCUAGCCAACUGGAGAGGAGUCGCCAUCCUGGACCUUACAGUUCCUGUCCCAGUGUUUAGUUGACACAGUCGAGGUUCACGUGAAGCAAACCGACACCCCGAAAAGACAAAUACAAUUGUAUCGUAUUCUAAACACGAGGGUCCGUGAGGGAAUGUCAUUCUUUAAAUAUUAAAUUACAUUUUAAUACUUUGUGUGCAUUCCUGCUAUGAAUAUGAAUUUUGUUUUAUGAGACUUGUGACAGAACAGUACAAAAACAUUUGAUUGUAAUUUUUGUUAGUUUUAAGCAUAAUGCUAUUCCAGUACAAAAGUAUAAGGUAAUAAAUGUUUCAAUUUUA